UACAUACACACAUACUGAGAUCCUGUCUGAUGAAUCCUUUUACUUGUCAAUUACUUCAGUGCAAAGUCAAAGGCACAAACCGGCAGCGCAAGCAAAAGGCCUCAUCCGCCCUUCCAGGCUACAGGCAGCCCUCCCUGGCCUCACCAGAUUUUCCCCCAAAACAAGGCCUGGGCAUGAAAGGGACCAUGAGGCAGGAGAAUCAAACGCAGGAACCUGGGGCUGGGUUGGCUACAGGUCCACAAUCUGACAACUGGACUGCUGUUUAAGAUGAGAGAUAGAGCUGAGAAGGACCCGAGAUGUGAAAAGCCAUUGGGAAUGGAGGCUGAAUGGUGCCAGCGGUUUGGACAUUCCCUUCCAGGACACCUGCAAAGACCUGUUUUGGAACUGACACCUGCCCAAGCAACCUCAGGCAGGAAAAAGAAAAAGAGGAAGAGUCCUGUUCAAGGAGGUUGGACCAAAGUCCUCACCCUCUAAUUUCAGUUAAUAAUUGAUCAGCUUAUUCAAGACAGGAGCCAAAGUCUGAAGGAAGUAUUCAGACCUCCAGUGUCUAUCACAGACUCAAGUGGCAUUUCCAUGAUCCCGUACGAGAUGAGGCCCUUUUGCCUUAGCAGGAUGCUUUGGUUCACAGGGAUACUUCUCUGCAUAUGUCUGUCAAGAGCAUCAGGGAACACAGCACCACGGUUUAACAUGAACAGCUCCUUUACCUUGCCAGAAGACACGCCUUUGGGAGCCUGGGUUUUUCAGCUGGUGGCUGUGGAUGCUGAUGGGGAUGAGUUGUACUAUACCAUUGAGGGUGAGAACGCCAACUACUUUGCUGUCGACCACAGUACAGGCAAUGUGACUUUGAGUCGAAAACUGAAUUAUGAGGAAAGAAAAACUUUCCCUGUUGAUGCUGGAGUGACAGACAAGAAGAAUGUAGUGGUUUAUAAAAAGCUCACCAUCAUUGUAACAGACCGGAACGACAACAAGCCAAUCUUCCAAGAUGAACCCUAUUUCACAGAUGUCCCUGAGAAUACACCGAUUGGCUCCCCAAUCUUUAAUGUUUUGGCAGUAGAUGAUGACAGUGCAAAUGCUGGUCGAGUUUAUUAUUCCAUUGAAAAAGUCAACCCCAACAAUGCGGAAAAUCACCAGCUCUUCAACAUCCUCUACAACGGCACUGUGGUGCUGAAUGGUUCACUCAGCUAUAAUAACAAGAGCACCUUUUACCGUAUCGAGAUCCUCGCCAAGGAUGGUGGGGGAUUGUUGAAUGGUGCAUUUAUCUAUCAGAACAAUACAGCCUACCUAUCUGUGACGGUUGUUGAUGUGCCUGACCUGGACCCCCAGUUUUUGGGAGAGCCAUACAUAGGCUCAGUACCAGAGAACAGCCCCUUGGGUACAUCUGUGGUCCAGGUGACUGCCAUUGAUGGAGACAAGGAUGUGAAUGAUAUUAUCUAUUACAGCAUCACCAAUACAACUAGCUUGUUUACUAUCAGCAAUACCACAGGGGUCAUUUCUGUGAGUGGCAACCUGGACCGAGAGGGUGUUCCAGGCGAGGAGUUGCAGCUCCAGGUUGUGGCUCGAGAAAGAAACCUCAACAUUUACCACCAGGUGGCACAAGUCAGCACCAUUGUCACUAUCCAGGUCACGGACAUCAACGACAAUACACCUCAGUUCUACUGGUGUGAUUACCCUGCUUGCAACUUCACAGGGCCUCCAGAGGACAACUUCACUGGGGAUAUUGAGGAGCAUGCUUCUGCCAGAACACCAGUGGCUGAGCUCAACAUCGCAGCCUAUGAUCCUGACAAGGGUUCCAAUGGCACCUUCCAGCUGUCUUUGCAGGGCCCGGAUGCCUUGGCUUUUUCAGUGUCACCACAGAAGAUUGUGAAUGAAGGUGCUGUGCAGGUUCUAGUCAGGCAACCAAGUCUUGUGGAUUAUGAGAAGAAAUCAACUAUGACUGUGGAGAUAGUUGCAAAUGACACUGGAAGGGCAACUGAUUGCUGCUCUUUUGCCACGGUUACCAUCCAUCUUGCUGACAUCAAUGACCACAGGCCUGAGUUCAAGAAGAGUGACUACAAGCUUUCUGUGCUAGAGGAGAGCCCACCAGGCACUGUUGUUUCUUCAAACAUCACCGCCACUGAUCCAGACAGUGGACUCUAUGGAGAAAUCACCUACCAAUUGUUGCCGGCAAGCAUUUUGUCCACUUUCACAGUUAAUGAAAUCAGUGGGACGAUCCUAGUGGCAAAUGGCAGUAAACUGGACUGGGGAAUACGCUCUGUCUACUAUGCCACCCUACAAGCAACAGAUGGGGGCAACUUGACUGGCACUACACAACUGGAAAUCUCAGUGAUUGAUAUCAACAACAAUGCUCCAGUUGUUACAGGCUCCUAUAAUGUCAUUGUCAGUGAGGGUCAGGACAAUAUCACUGUUGAGAUCCAGGCUACUGACAAGGAUGACCCAGACACGGAUAAUAGCCGUUUGCAGUUUGAGAUUCUGCCAAGCGAAUUCAGCAGCAAUUUCACUAUUAACCCAGAUACAGGGGUCCUGAGAAGCAAGGGGCCUUUUGACCGAGAGGCCAUUCCUCUGGAGCUCAAUGGCAAGGUGGUGGUGACGAUACUUGUCCAUGAUUUGGGCAUCCCUCAAUUGAACACCACUGUCAAUGUCACUUUCCUAGUAGAGGAUGUAAACGACAAUGCACCCAAAUUCAACAGUUCCUUUUAUGAGUUCUCUGUCCAAGAAGGAUUGUCAGGUGUCUUUGUGGGAAGUGUGGAGGCCACAGAUGCUGAUCAAACAGAUAUUAACAACCGUAUCUCCUUCCUCAUUGUGGAAAGCAGUGUUGGUUCCAACAAUUUUCUCAUCAACUCCAUUUGCCAAACAUUUGGCUGGUGCCAGGGAAAUUUGCGUUUAGGUCCAGGCGUUGAGUUUGACUAUGACCGGAUGCAGCCAAAAUUCUUCAAUCUGACUGUGCAGGCUGAAAACUCAGACUUUGGGGGGCAUGUUGAUGUCGACACUGCUGUGGUGAUAGUGAAUGUGCUGGAUGUCAAUGAUGAGUCCCCAUCCUUGGUGCCAUCUCCCCCACAAAGCAUUGAAGUGUUGGAAAAUGCCACUCUGAAUGAAGUUGUAGCUGUACUGGAGGCCACUGAUGUGGAUACCAACCACUCACUGCUAUUCCAGGAGUUAUCUGUCACAUGCUCCAAGGGCUCAGCCAGUGCAAGCAACAUAUGCCAAAAGUGGUUCCACCUGGAGUCGAACGGCUCACUUCUUGUGAAUAGUACAGAAAUAGACUAUGAGGUCUGUGAUCUUGUAGAACUUGUCCUGCGUGUCAAGGAUGAAUUCACUGAGAUGGGAGACCCCUACAGUAAAAACGAGACCUUGAAGAUUUUCAUUGUUGAUGUGAAUGACAACCCACCAGUAUUCCUGAAUAGCACUGGCACCUUUGUGGCAAUCCCAGAUUAUCCAAUAGGCUUCCAAGUGGCUGUGGUCAUGGCUAAGGAUGAUGAUUCAGGUGUGAACAGUGUGAUCACCUUUGAACUCUCCAGAGUAGUUUUCAUCUCAGACGCAGGACCUGAGCGAGUCUAUGAAAAUCUUUUCAAAGUUCUGACAACAGCGGAAAAAGACUUCUACAUUGGAAGCAUCCAAGUUGCAAGCAACCUUGACGGUUCACUGAAAGGGCGAUACCAGGUGACUGUGGAAGCCAAAGACCAUGGGAUUCCUCCACUAAUUUCCUCAGAAUCACUUGAUAUUUUUACUGUGGAUCAGACCUACCGUGUCAAGCUAGAAUUUUCGGCAACGUUGAAGGAAGUGCAAGAUAACUCAAAUGCAAUUGAAAUAGCUCUGCGUACAGCAACCAACUCAGCGGUCUACAUAUCAUCAAUCAAAGAGGCAUCAUCAAACUUCAGAGCUUCAGGGGAAACGGUGAUGGAGGCCUAUUUCGUCUACAAGAAUGGCACAGCUCUAGGAGAUGAACUUGUAACCAAGCUCAUCCAGAAUAGCUCUGAGCAAUUGAAACAGCUGCUGAGCAUGGGCCUGUUACUCAUUGGUCCUGUGGACGUGACUGAACCCAGCCAGGAGAACAUGUUGCUUGGUGUCAUUGCAGGACUGGCUGGGUGUGUGCUUCUCCUUUUCCUCAUCAUGAUCUUGACAGUAAUUGGCAUGAAGAAAAGUUAUACAAGGAAGAUGAAAGCACUCAAAUCUCUGAAGGUGGCUUACACAUUCUCAGCAAGUCCUAUGCAGCAGGGGCCUGCUAUCCCUGGUACCAACCAGUACAACAAAGAAGGGGCUAAUCCUGUUCUUGGUUUCACCUUGGACCCGACAAUGUACCUCGCCUUUGAGGAAAACCCCAGCUUCGAAGUGGCCAGCCUGAACUCUCUGGACGAGAACAUGGUUGAUGCUUCUGAGAGUGAUCCAGCCACACCUGCAGUGAAGCAGCCCAAAGAAAAUGCUCAAUGGCAAGCAAAUGACAGAGAGGAGCUUUUAAAAGCCGCCUUAGAAAGCCACAAAGAAGCCAAGCCAAAGCCAGAAAAUCUCAACAGCAUAGACAACAAGGCAAUCCUGGACACUACAGAUGUGUGACUGUUAGUUGUUACUUCCUGGCAGAGGAGGAAACAGCAGCUUCACAGUAGUACUUUGCAAUUUUGCCCUGGAGAUGGCGUUUCGGUAGCACUUACCAUAAAUAAAAAUAAACUGGCAGAGAAUAUUUUUUUAAAAAACCA